UUAGCUUAGAAUGGCACAUUUACCUCCGAAAAUACCCAACAUCACCCAAAAUUGGCCUCCUUUUCCUCAUCGAAGAAUGCCCACAAUGGCAAACUUCAAUUCCGCCACCCCCACUAUGAAUGAUUCUAACCAUCAGACCUCUUGGGUGGACGAGUUCCUCGACUUCUCAUCAGCCCGUCGCGGAGCCCACCGCCGUUCCAUUAGCGACUCCAUCGCCUUCCUUGAGCAACCAUUGGCGGAAGAAUGUAGGGGCUCCAAUGCCAUGAUAACAGAUGUCAAUAUCUUUGAUCGCCUGGAUGAUGAGCAGCUCAUGUCCAUGUUUUCUGAUGAUGUCGCUAUGACCGUCGCGGCGCCAACGGUAUCUUCAUCGAAUCCUUCAACACCAACGUCGGAUCAAAAUAGCAACAAUGACGAGAAACCAUUAUCAUAUUGGGAUCUGCAACAACCCAAAAAUGAACCAGGAGAGGUAGAGAGCUCAUGCAAGCUUGAAACUCAAGCUGCACAACCUCCACCAACUUCUAAUGGCGAUCUCAUUAUUGAUCCAAAGAGGGUUAAGAGAAUUCUAGCAAACCGGCAAUCAGCGCAAAGAUCAAGAGUGAGAAAGCUGCAAUAUAUUUCAGAACUUGAAAGGAGUGUAACAGCAUUACAGACUGAAGUAUCAGCAUUAUCACCAAGGGUUGCAUUCUUGGAUCAUCAAAGACUGAUUCUCAAUGUUGAUAAUAGUGCUUUAAAGCAAAGGAUUGCUGCUUUGGCUCAAGACAAGAUUUUCAAAGACGCUCAUCAAGAAGCACUGAAGAAAGAAAUUGAGAGACUAAGGCAAGUGUAUCAGCAACAACAAAGCCUCAAGAAAAUAAACACUAGCACCAACAACAGCACCAGCAACAGCCACCAUGCACCACCACAACAACAACAGCAGCCCGCCGCCGCCAAAGAAUGA